CUCACUUAAACUGUUAACUUGAUUCCAGGCUCCGUUUAUAAUAAGCUCUCUGUCUACUCCUCAUUUUUCUCAAAAAAUGGCGCCUGGGUCUUUGGUUGGACCAAGCCAUUCCCCUGCACCAUUUCUGAAACCUACAAGGCCAAACCUUAGUUGCAAAAAACAUUUUUGUCUGAGAGCCUCGGCCGGAAACUUGGACGAUGAGGACCGUAAAACGAUGAUAACGAAACAAAAUGAUGGCUGGAAGAUCCAUUUCUCCGGCAAGAAACCGGCUACGCCAUUGUUGGACAUCAUCAAGUACCCUGUUCAUAUGAAGAAUUUAUCCACAAGAGACCUUGAACAACUGGCAGCAGAGCUUCGAGCCGAUAUUGUGCACACUGUAUCGGAGACCGGCGGGCAUCUUAGUUCAAGCUUGGGUGUAGUGGAGCUGACUGUAGCUUUACACCAUGUAUUCAACACACCUGAAGACAAAAUUAUAUGGGAUGUCGGCCAUCAGGCAUACGCUCAUAAAAUUCUGACAGGAAGAAGGUCGAGGAUGCACAUAAGAAAAACUUCAGGGCUUGCAGGUUUUCCUAAAAGGGAUGAGAGCGUUUAUGAUGCUUUUGGUGCUGGACAUAGUUCUACAAGCAUAUCUGCCGGACUUGGCAUGGCAGUGGCAAGAGAUCUUCUAGGGAAGAAGAACAAUGUCGUUUCAGUGAUUGGCGAUGGAGCCAUAACUGCAGGACUUGCAUUUGAGGCCAUGAAUAAUGCAGGAUUUCUUGAUGCUAACCUAAUUGUCAUAUUGAACGAUAAUAAACAAGUAUCUCCAACUGCAACUCUAGAUGGUCCUGCGACCCCUGUUGGAGCUCUCAAGGCUUUAACCAAGAUUCAAGCAAGCACCAACUUCCGCAAACUUCGUGAAAAAGCAAAAGGCCUCGCUAAACAACUUGGCGUACAAGCACAUGAACUUGCAGCAAAGGUAGAUGAGCAUGCAAGAGGAAUGAUCAGUGCUUCUGGCUUCACCCUCUUUGAGGAGCUAGGGCUAUAUUACAUUGGUCCAGUUAAUGCAAAUAUUGAAGAUCUAGUAUUGAUCUUUGAAAAGGUGAAAGCCAUGCCUGCCCCAGGGCCAGUCCUAAUCCAUAUCGUGACAGAGAAAGGAAAAGGCUCCCCAGCUGAGGCAUCGGCUGACAAAAUGCAUGGUGUAGUAAAGUUUGACACAAAAACAGGCAGGCAAUUUAAGCCUACGUCCUCUACACUGUCAUAUACACAGUACUUCGCUGAAUCGCUCAUAAAAGAAGCUGAGGAUGAUGACAAGAUUGUAGCCAUCCACGCAGCUAUGGGUGGGGGAACAGGUCUGAAUUUCUUCAAAAAGGUCCCAGACCGCUGCUUUGAUGUAGGGAUUGCCGAGCAACAUGCAGUUACUUUUGCAGCGCUUGCCACUGAGGGUCUCAAGCCAUUCUGUGCCAUCUACUCAUCAUUCUUGCAAAGAGGGUAUGAUCAGGUGGUGCACGAUGUGGAUCUUCAAAAAUUACCUGUCCGCUUUGCAAUGGAUCGAGCUGGAUUGGUUGGUGCAGAUGGACCAACCCACUGUGGUGCAUUUGAUAUCACAUACAUGGCUUGCUUGCCCAACAUGGUGGUAAUGGCCCCAUCUGAUGAGGCUGAGCUUAUGCAUAUGGUUGCAACAGCAGCAGCCAUUGAUGACAGACCCAGCUGCUUCAGGUUCCCCAGGGGAAAUGGCACUGGAGUAGCUCUUCCACCUAAUUACAAAGGAACUCCUCUUGAGAUGGGGAGAGGAAGAAUUAUCAUGGAAGGCAAUAGAGCAGCUAUUUUGGGAUAUGGCUCUAUAGUUCAACAAUGUAUUGAAGCAGCACACAUGCUCAGAUUGCAAGACAUUUAUAUUACAGUAGCUGAUGCAAGAUUUUGCAAGCCUUUAGAUAGAGAUCUCAUCAAGCAACUAGCACAUGAGCAUGAGAUUCUUAUUACUGUAGAAGAGGGUUCCAUUGGAGGUUUUGGCUCACAUGUUUCACAUUUCCUGAGCUUGACCGGUAUUUUGGAUGGAUCUCUUAAGUUGAGAGCAAUGGUGCUUCCUGAUAGAUAUAUUGAUCAUGGAUCACCCAAAGAUCAGAUAGAAGAAGCAGGGCUCUCCUCAAGACAUAUCGCUGCGACGGUCCUAUCUAUGCUAGGAAGGCCAAAAGAAGCCCUGCAGUUGAACUAAGCACAAAUAAACAUCAGAAUCUAGCAGUGGGAGUAAUUUCAAAAACAUUCAGCAGGAAGUUAUCCACCACAUUAAAUAUGAUGGGAGACUCACCUAGAGUCCAAACUGACAUUAGAUCUGGACUCUGCUUUCUAGGUGUAGAGAAAAUUGUACAAAUCUAACUUAAAGAUUCAUAUAUGGGUUGUUGAUAUAGAAAGGUCAGAACUCCUUCUGGGAUCACAGAUGAACUAGUCAAAACCAUAGCUUUUGCUUUUGUAUAUUCAUCAAACCCUGCCCCCUAAAUUAAAAGUUUCCUGCAGCAUAAUGUAUUAUCAAUAGACUAGUUUAUUGAUUUUA